AUGUGUGAGAAGGAAAAAGAGAGUGCUCACUCGGCUCUGCUCGACGGAAAAUACGAGCUGGGUAGAGUUCUCGGUCACGGAACAUUCGCGAAGGUUUACCACGCGCGAAACCUGAACACGGGAAAAAACGUAGCCAUGAAAGUAGUUGGAAAAGAGAAAGUGAUAAAAGUUGGAAUGAUGGAACAAAUCAAACGAGAAAUCUCAGUGAUGAAGAUGGUGAAACACUCAAACAUAGUUCAAAUCCACGAAGUCAUGGCUUCGAAAUCGAAGAUCUACAUCGCCAUGGAACUCGUUCGAGGCGGUGAGCUUUUCAACAAGAUCGUCAAAGGUCGGUUGAAAGAAGACGUUGCAAGAGUCUAUUUUCAGCAGUUAAUCUCAGCCGUUGAUUUCUGUCACAGUCGCGGUGUUUACCACCGUGAUCUCAAGCCGGAGAAUCUCCUCCUCGACGAAGACGGUAAUCUGAAGGUAUCUGAUUUCGGCCUAAGUACUUUCUCCGAGCAUUUGAGACAAGACGGAUUGUUGCAUACAACUUGUGGUACUCCGGCGUAUGUUUCGCCGGAGGUUAUCGCAAAGAAAGGAUACGACGGUGCUAAGGCGGAUAUUUGGUCUUGUGGUGUCAUUCUUUAUGUUCUUCUGGCUGGAUUUUUACCGUUUCAGGAUGAUAAUUUGGUGGCUAUGUAUAAGAAGAUUUACCGAAGCGAUUUCAAAUGUCCACCGUGGUUUUCUCUUGAUGCGAGAAGGCUUAUUACAAAGCUUCUUGAUCCGAAUCCGAAUAGUAGAAUCACUAUAUCACAGAUAAUGGAUUCUUGUUGGUUCAAGAAACCGGUUCCAAAGAGUGUGGCAAGGAGGAAGAAAGAGAAAGAAGAGGAGGAAGAAGAGAAGGGUUUUGGUUUUUUGGAGACGGAGAAAUCGUCGAUGACGCCGACGAUGAAUGCUUUUCAUAUAAUAUCGUUAUCGGAGGGGUUCGAUUUGUCGCCAUUGUUUGAGGAGAAGAAGAGAGAAGAGAGGGAAGAGAUGAGAUUUGCGACGGCGGGGACGGCGAGUGGAGUGAUAUCGAAACUGGAACAAGUGGCGAAGGCGGUGAAGUUUGAUGUGAAGAGUAGUGACACGAAGGUUAGGCUUCAGGGGCAGGAAAGAGGGAGGAAAGGGAAGUUGGCGAUUGCGGCGGAUAUUUACGCAGUGACGCCAUCGUUUCUGGUGGUGGAAGUGAAGAAAGAUAAAGGGGAUACUUUGGAGUAUAAUCAGUUCUGUAGUAAACAGCUUCGUCCUGCGCUGAAGGAUAUUUUCUGGACUUCUACUGAUCCUCCAGCUGCUUGA